AUGGACGUAAACACCCUCUUCGGAGUCCAGGGCAAAGUCGUCCUCAUAACCGGCGGCGCCAAAGGAAUCGGCCGCAUGAUAGCAACCGGCUUCAUCGCCAACGGCGCAAAAGUCUACAUCACCGGCCGCGACGCACCCGCCUGCCACGCCACCGUCUCGGACCUCCAACCGCUCGCCCGCCUCAACGGCUCCAUCCACGCCCUGCCCGCGAACCUCCAAAACCUGGCCGAGUGCGAGUCCCUCGCUGCCGACCUCACCCGCCUCGAGCCCUCCGGCCUGCACGUCCUGGUCAACAACGCCGGCGCCACCUGGGGCGCCGACAUCGACACCUUCCCCGACGCGGCGUGGACGAAGCUCCUGACGCUGAACCUCCAGCGCGCAUUCACCCUCACGCAGCUGUGUCUGCCGCUGCUGGAGCGGGCGGGCACGCAGGACGACCCCGCGCGCGUGAUUCACAUUGGCAGCAUUGACGGGGUGCGCGUGCCGACCAUGGCGAGCUUUGCGUACUCGGCUAGCAAGGCGGGGUUGCACCACUUGUCGAGACAUCUGGCGAGGGAUUUGGGGUUUAGGAACAUCACGAGCAAUGUGUUGGCUUGUGGGCCGUUUAGGACGAAGAUGAUGAGGGCGACGCUGGAUGCGGCGGGGGAGGUGUUGAGGGAGAAUAUUCCGCUGAGGAGGAUUGGGAGGGAUGAGGAUGUGGCGGGGUCGGCGGUGUUUUUGGCGAGUAAAGCUGGGGCGUACCUGAAUGGUGCGUUGAUUAGAGUUGAUGGAGGAGCGUCAUUGGUGGCCAAGAUUUAG